GCCACACACAGUACGUACAAGCCUCAUCAGCUCGCUAGCAUAGCAGCAACCAGCAAUGGACUCCACCAAGUUAUCCGCGCUGCUGGCGCUCGCCAUGCUCGCGCUCUCCUCGUCGCCGCUCGCUCUCGCGUGGGAGAAGGCGGAGCCGGAAUGCCACUCGUGCGAGUCCGGCUCGCCGCCCUCGACCGGCGUCCCCCUGCCCCCAAUCAGCAUACCGUCAGUCCCACUGCCCCCUGUCAGUAUACCGUCGGUCCCCAUCCCACCGGUCACCCAGCUGCCCCCAGUCGUCGGACUGCCGCCGGUGACCCUUCCUCCCAUUCCGAUCAUCGGAGGAAGCCCGCCGAAGAAGGGCCACCGGAAGGCGUGCCCGCCGCCUCCGUCUCCCCCGACGCCCACGCCCACGCCCACGCCGUCCUCGGACAAGUGCCCCAUCGACGCGCUGAAGCUCGGCGCGUGCGUGGACAUUCUCGGGAACGAGGUGCACAUCGGCGACGCCAACGUCAAGUGCUGCCCGCUCGUGAAGGGCAUCGCCGGGCUCUCCGCGGCGGCGUGCCUGUGCACCGCCAUCAAGGCCAAGGUGCUGGACAUUUCCGUCUACGUGCCCAUCGCGCUGGAGGUGCUCGUCAACUGCGGCUGCGAGGUCCCGCCAGGCUACAAAUGCACUUAAACGACUCCAUUCCAUUUCAUCCCAUCUCACCAUGCGUGCACAGCGAGGUCUCCUUUUGCCCUCCCGAAUGCAAAGUUUGAAAGGCUCGUCGACGGAUUUGGGUCUCCUUUUGCCCACCCGAAUGCAAAGUUUCGAAGGCUCGUCGACGGAUUGGGCUCUUCGGCUACUGCAUUCUUCCUUAUUUCAUUCUUCCUUAGUGUCUUCUCAAAUGUCACUUUGUACUUUGUGUGAACCUGUAUCAAACUUUUUUUAGUUGGAUUCGAUUAUUGUUUGAAGUG